AUGGUUCAAGUUACCGUGGCGGGCGGAGUUUCCUCGAUUGCCCGCGUGGUAAUCGACGCCAUCCUGGAAAAGAAGAAACACCGUGUAACUUCACUUACAAGCCAGGAGGUUGACUCGGUGGAUGAGAACGGCAUCCAUUGGAAACAUGCCGAUUACGACAAUAAGUCCGACCUAGUCAAUAUCCUACGCGGCACUGACGUCCUACUGUGCUUCUUCUCAGCGAGAGACACUGCCACAGUCGCCCGCAGGCAGAAGAACCUCAUCGACGCCGCCGUCGAAGCCGGAGUGCGUCGUUUCGCCCCCGCCGAGUAUGCUGGCCGCAACUACAACGGCAUGGCCAUGUUCGAGUUCAAGGACGACGUCCUCGAGUAUUCCCUCUUCCAGACGGGCAUCUUCACAAACGAGUUUGCGUAUCCGCACAAGACGGCCACGCACUUCGAGCCGCUACGCAUGUACGUCGACUUCGAAGCUCGCAGGGCGAUUCAGCCCGGGGCUGGAGACCAUACGAUUACCCUGACGACUGUGGAGGACAUCGCGGCGGUGGUGGCCGAGGCAGUGGAGUUUGAGGGGGAGUGGCCGCGUGUCGGAGGGAUUUGUGGUUCAAGGCUCACGGUGAAUGAGUUAAUUCGGCUCGGGGAGAGCGUCAGGGGACCCUUCGUGGUGGAAACGGUGGACGAGGAAGCGGUCGAAGCGGGCAGGUUGACUACGUCGUGGUACCCGCUCAUCGAGCACGCUGGAGUACCUGAGGGUCGGAAGGAGGAGCUGUCUAAGUUGGCGAGUCUGAACUUUCUGAAGGCCACGAUCAAUGGCUCGUGGAACGUGUCGGAAGAGUGGAACAAUCUGCUUCCGCAUAUUCAGUUCACGGAUGCUAGGAGGUAUUUGGCGCAAGUCUGGGAAGACAAACUUUGA